CCAAAAAGGAAAGCAAAGAGAGUGUGUGGAUAAUGAAGUGAAUAAAAGAGAUGGGGUAUCUUUUUCUCCCCCUUUAUAACCAACCCUCACUUUGUUUCCUUUUUAGUUUGGGGGGAGUUUGCAGAGGCUUUGAGUCUGACAAAAGGAACUCUCUUUCAUGAUCUGGGAUUUCAACUGUUUCAAACUCCUAAAUUCUGUGCAUACAUCAUAUUCACACAGUGAAGAAUGAAGGUGAUGAUGAUGAUGAAACACGUGCGCACUGAGAUUAUCCUCACAGCAGGAUCCACUUGAUCAUCCAUCCCAACACCUUCAUUUAUCCUUUCUGCUACUGCUGCUGCUACUUUACAAACUAGCUCCCCGAUUUUCUCUCACAAUUCACAAAUUCAUCACCCAACCAAACCCUUUUCAUGGGUUGAUUCGAAUAAGUGAAAGUGCAGGAAAUACCAUUAGAUCUUUGCAAAACUCGUUUAGAAACUGCGAAAGCCAUAUCCGAUAUGGCGACCUACUUUCAUGGGAACCCUGAAAUCCAAGCAGCUGAUGAUCUUCAAACCCUCGUACUUAUGAACCCUGCCUAUGUUCACUACUCCAAUACCCCUCCUCCUCCGCCGCCCUCAAACAACCUCGUUUUCGUCAACUCCCUCUCUCCUAACGCUCCCUCUUCCCACUCCCAGCAACUCGUUGGCAUCCCUCUCCCGGCCGUCACCUCCGGUUCCAACCAAGACGCCAUCUCCUCCUUGCAUGGUCUCGUACAGCGCCUCCAUUACAACUCGUACAACCCUAUUGACCCUUCUGGAGAACCACGUGACACCCCACGAGCUCAGCAGGGACUAUCUUUGACCCUUUCUUCCCAGCAUCAGCCCGGUAACUAUGGAUCACAGCCUCAAGCAGUUUCAGGCGGUUCGGCUUCUUCCGGUUCAGCGGUGACCAACGGGGUUUCAGGUAUACAAAGUGUGUUGUUGAGCUCUAAAUACUUGAAGGCUGCUCAAGAGCUUCUUGAUGAGGUUGUUAAUGUCGACAAUACUGGGUUUACAAAGACUGAAAUGGCAAAAAAGGGCAGUGGAAAUGAUAGCAAUAGCAGCAAGGCUACCGGAGAAUUGUCGGCUGCGGCCGGAGACGGUUCUGGUGGCGAGAACGCUGUUGGUAAGCGCAGGACUGAGCUGAGCACGGCUGAGAGACAAGAAAUUCAGAUGAAGAAAGCAAAGCUAAUUAGCAUGCUUGAUGAGGUGGAUCAAAGGUACAGGCAAUACCAUCACCAAAUACAGAUUGUAAUAUCCACAUUUGAGCAAACGGCUGGAAUUGGGUCAGCUAAAACAUAUACAGCUCUUGCAUUAAAGACCAUCUCUAAGCAGUUUCGGUGUUUGAAAGAUGCAAUAAUUGGCCAGAUUCGAGCUGUAAACAAGAGCUUAGGUGAAGAAGAUAGACUGGGAGGGAAGACCGAAGGCUCCAGACUUAAGUUUGUGGAUCAUCAGCUUCGUCAACAAAGAGCACUUCAGCAGCUGGGGAUGAUCCAACACAAUGCUUGGAGACCACAAAGAGGACUACCAGAAAGAUCCGUAUCUGUUCUUCGAGCUUGGCUCUUUGAACACUUUCUCCACCCAUAUCCUAAAGACUCAGACAAGCACAUGCUUGCUAAACAAACAGGGCUUACCAGGAGUCAGGUGUCUAAUUGGUUCAUAAAUGCUCGAGUCCGGCUUUGGAAGCCAAUGGUGGAAGAGAUGUACCUGGAGGAAAUCAAGGAGCAGGAACAGAACCAUGAAGGUUCAGCAUCCAAAUCCACUGGUCCAACACCAGCAAAGAACCAAGCUAAAAGUUUGAGCAGCUCGAAACAAGACAAUUCUGCAAACCAGAAUGCUUCCUCAAUGUCCAUUUCCAUGGCUUCAACGUCUCCUCUUGCAGGAAAUGGCCAAAACCAGUCAGGGUUUUCCUUCAUUGGCUCAUCCGAAUUGGAAGGGAUCACCCAAGGAAGUCCCAAGAAGCCAAGGAGCACUGAGGUGCUGUUGCAGUCCCCAAUAGACAUGGACAUUAAACAAAGAGAGGCAGCAGACGAUGUUUCCAUCAAGUUUGGCAAAGAGGGCUACUCCUUCAUGGGAACCGAUACCAACUUCAUGGGAGGUUUCGGGCAAUAUCCUAUUGCUGAAAUGGCAAGGUUUGAUGCAGAACACUUCGCUCCAAGGUUCCCUGGUAAUGGUGUUUCACUCACUCUUGGUCUUCCCCACUGUGAAAACCUCUCUUUGCCUGCUACUCACCAAACUUUUCUCCCAAACCAAACCCUGCAAAUGGGGAGAAGGCUCGACAUUGGUGAACCAAAUGAGUAUGGUGCUAUAAACCCUUCAACACCCCACUCUUCAGUUGCAUAUGAGAUUGAGAACAUCGAUGUUCAGAACCGAAAAAGGUUUGCUGCGCAAUUGUUACCGGACUUCGUUGCCUGAUCGAUGUGAUUUGAAUUCAGAUUCAAGGAACUCAGCCAUAGGGGUGAUGGUUUCAGGGGUUUCACACUAUUCCUUGCUCUUCAUUUUCUCUCCCGAUGUAGUUUAAAAAGAAAGAAGAAAAUCCACCUCUAGUACAGCAAUAUACUUUGAAUAGCACAAUUUGUGUCACUCCUUAGCCAGCCUAGGAUCUCAGCCAUAUAUUUUUGAGGAUUGUAUAUUAAUUUUGUAAGUUUUGGGGAUUGGUUAUCAUGAAUUAGUUACUUGGGGGUAUACAACAAGUAAAUCAAAAUUUAGUCAA